GGCGGUGUGUUGUGUCACGUGACCCCGUCGGUGCCUGCUCGCCUCUUCGUUUCCCCCUUUUCGCAGUGUCACAGGCUCCAAACUGAAAACACUUGACCCUGGUCCCGUUCGGCGGACCGCGCUCCACGCUCCACGCGCGGGAUUCCGCGGCUCUUAAAUGCCGUGUCGCCUUCCGCGUGCCACGCUUCAUCCGCCGAUCUGUCCCCGUGCAACUCUUACAUGUGACGGUGCUGUAGAUCCACUGUCCCGGCGGCUCCACCACAGGCCUCUGUGUUCGCCGAGUGAGCAUCAGCGCCGACGCCGGUCCAGGUCGGGUCCAGGUCGGGUCCAGCAUGGACCCGGCUCGUCGCUCCUGAAGGGGAAUGAGUCACACCGGGGGCGGACUGUUUAGCUCGGAAGUUACGGCUACAGGAGGUCGGCGGCCAGAAUGAACGGGACUCAGCAGAGUGACACCAAACGACAGCACCUCCUGGAGAGGCUGCUGGAUGCUGUCAAACAGUGCCAAAUUCGCUUCGGGGGAAGAAAAGAGAUCGCCACGGACUCAGACAGCAGGGUGAUCUGCCUGUGUGCCCAGUUCGAGGCCGUGUUGCAGCACGGUCUGAGGAAAACCCGAGGCCUGGCCCUCACUGCGGCCGCUCUCAAGCACGCUGCAGGCUUCAGCAGCAAGACGGAAGCAGAGCUCACGUUCUGGUUUUACGUGAAGGAGCACCUGAACCGCCACGAGCUCCAGCGUUUCUACUCGCUACGUGACAUCUGCUCGGAGCUCGGCCGGGGUCGCGCGUGGCUGCGCUGCGCCCUCAACGAGCACUCCCUGGAGCGCUACAUGCACACGCUGCUGGCCGACCGCGCGCGUCUGGGAAUCUACUAUGAAGACUGGGCUUUUAUUCUCGAUGAAGAGAGAGCGAGUAUGCUGCCCACCAUGGCUGCAGGUUUGAACUCCAUUCUGUUCGCCAUCAACAUUGACAACUGUGAUCUGAACGGUGUGGUGACGCGAGGAGGAGGCCCAUCCGUCUCCCACCUGCUUAAGGAAUCCACACAGGGCAUCGGCAGCCUGUGGAAGGAGUCGACUCAGGGGGUCACUAGUUUGCUGCGAGAAAUUAGCACCGCCACGGCUGUGGUGCCUGGCUUCACCCCCCGAGUGGAUGACACCUCUGACCCACUACCUGUCCUGCCGCGCAGCAGCUCUGCUGAUUCAGGGCUAAAGAAAGAGCGACGUCGAAAAAAGAAGAUCACCAACAUUAUUUCCUUUGAUGAUGAUCUGAACAAUGGGGCAGAGGAUGAGGAGGAGGCAGAGGAGGACUCACGAAAGAUGGGCACAAUAAGGAAAAGUCAUACUGCCCCUACUCAAAGCAGUGUGGAAGAAGGUCUCGACCCUUUGGAGCCAGCCUUUCCCCAUUUGCCAUCCCAGAAUGGCUUGGUUGAGCCAGAUGUAAUCAGCUGGGUGGGGUCCCCGCAUCCCUCACGUACAGCUCCAAUAGCUUCACAUCCGCUGCCUGACAGUAAGAGCAUAGACAAUGAGGAGGAAGAAGAGGAGGAAGAGAUGUACAAACCCAGAGCGCAAACAGAGGAGGAGCAGAACAGCUGUGAUCAGGUCGUGGUGGGAAGUCUGUCCAGUGUGUCUACGUGGAGUCCCUUACAGGUCAUGACUGACCACAGCAACUCGGACGUCCUUAUUCCUGUAAACCCUGUGGACACGCAGCCUGGGAGCUCUGUGGAGGAGUCGGCUGUGUUUCCUGCUAAGUGCGAGUCUGCAGGACCGGUGGGAAACAGUGAGAGCAGCACAUCGGAACUAACAUUCAAUAUGGAAUCCAGUCCACCAGUGCAGUCUGCUCCACUCUUCAGUGUGCUGCCAGCAUCUGGUCUGCCAGAGUCCAUGACAGUGGCGGAGCUGCGCCAGGCAAUUGUAGCCAUGAUGAACAGGAAGGAUGAGCUGGAGGAGCAAAACACGUCUCUUCGCAGCCUGCUGGAUGGGGAGAUGGAGCACUCAGCAGGCCUCAGGCAGGAAACUGAUCUGCUGAAAAAGAAGCUGGCGGAGUUGGAGGAGAGACAUACAGCAAAGGUCCAGGCACUGGCCAGGGAGAAUGAGGUCCUGAAGGUCCAGUUGAAGAAGUAUGUGGGGGCGGUACAGAUGCUGAAGAGAGAGGGAAGCCAGGGCAACGACGCCCUGUCUGUGUUGCAGUCAAACGAAGAACAGGUGCCUGUCUCGCAAAAUAAGUCCAUGGGCGACAUAGAGGAACUGGCUGCUAGUUACGAACGCAAACUCAUAGAGGUGGCUGAGAUGCAUGGUGAGCUGAUAGAGUUUAAUGAGCGCCUGUACCGUUCCCUCAUGGCCAAGGACCACCUCAUUGUCCAGAUGAGACAGGAACUUAUUGACCUGAGAGGACCAGUUCCAGGUGAUUUAAGCCAGACAUCAGAUGACCCCAGCCUGUCAGAUUUUGAGACGGCUCAUCGUGCUCUCAUCAACGUGUGGAUCCCUUCUGUGUUCCUGCAGGGCAGAGCUGCCAAUGCUUACCAUGUCUAUCAGGUCUACAUCCGUAUCCUGGACAAUGAGUGGAAUGUGUACAGACGUUACACGGAGUUCAGGGAGCUCCACAACCAUCUGAGAACCCAGUUUCCACAAGUGGACACCUUCACCUUCCCACCGAAGAAAGCCAUCGGAAACAAAGACGCCAAGUUUGUGGAGGAGAGGAGGAAGCAGCUGCAGGGAUACCUCCGUAUGGUGAUGAACAAACUCAUCCAGAUGCUGCCGGAGUUCACGGCCAGGCCGACCAAAGAGACCCUGUUGUCUCUGCUGCCUUUUUGUCAAGACUCUCCGCAGACCAACAAUGGUGGAGCCAAAACACCCAGGUCCAAAACUGCCACCCGCUUCCCCAGACUGGGCAGAAGCCGCAACCAGGAAGCCAGACCGGAACCGCAGAGUGGUGACCUUUAACCCCGGACUCCGAGGAGUCUGAGGAGAACAAUCCCAUGUCCAGCCCGGACAGUAACACACGCGCGUGAGGACAUUAAUGAUGACCAGUGGACCUUCAGCAGGCUUCUCUGUAGGAGUAUGGACAUGUUUCUGUGCAUUGUCUGGUCAAGUCAAGGAAAAAUGACUCUGCUGACGAACCCAGUCACACAGCACGUAUUACCUCACGGACAGGCUGCACAUGGACAAGCGGUCACCUGUGUCAAAUGCAGUGGGAUAACAGGGGUGUGUCUAUUUGUUUUUUUGUAGUAUCGCUGUAUUAUGGUCACAGUGCCUACGGGGUUUAGUAGCUGCUUUGCUGCUCUGGGUGGAGAGGGACGGGUAAACAAAGGGGGGGUUGUUCUAUUUAAAAAUGUUUGUUUUCCAUCUUAUUUGCCAGGAUUAUGCUGCCAUUACAUUUUUAGACUCUUGUCGUGAGCCACCGUUGCAAACAUUCCUUCAGUCUUAGUGUGUUCUAUUCAUCAUGUGGUAUCAUGAUGGACCCCACCAAUGAAACCAAACAUUCAUUUAUUUCAUUGCCUGACAAGGAAAUUAGAGAUUGUGUGUUCACCUUAAUGUGCUCAUAGAAAUACAGCAAACAUUGGAGUUACUUAUUGCAAGCAAAACAAUAUUAGAAAUGUUCCAGCAAAAUAGUCAAGAGAACAUCAAUGUGUAUGAAGCUUCAAACAGCUGCUGUGGCUCCUCCUUUACUAUUGAUCCUGUGUUUUGGUGGGUUUAGACCGACUGCUAUGUGUAAAUCCCAUGUUUAAUGAUUGUCUGGCUAAUGUGUCUUCACAGAAGUGAAUGCAGUGCUACGUCGUAAACGAAUGUUUUAACGAUGACUAAACACUUGAAGAAAAGCUGCUUGUUAGCGCCGAGUGCAGGGAGAAGGGGCUGCUGAGCAUCAAGUGUGUGCAAAACAGAAGCUCAUGCAUAUGCAUGGCCCACCCCAGAGCAGUCACGGCUGUGUUUGUGUGAGCGAGGAAUCAAAGGGUCGGUGAGCGGAGGUGAGCCAACGGGGCUUGUGGGUAAUAAUUAGGUCCACGUUCUGACCCGGACGAGUGUCCAGAUACUGCCGGUGUCGGGAUCAGCUCACGGGGAUGUUGUCAAAUGAUGAAAGCUUUCAGCGAGAGAUUGAUGGAGCAACAAGGCAUGAUGUCAGUGACAAGCAUGAAUUUAAUCUCUUUAUCGUACUAAUCUGUUUUAUUACCUGUUCAGAUGUUCCAUUAAUCACCACAUGCUCUGUAAGUGGAUUGGAACAGGUUCUAGUUUGGUGCUGUGGCUCUGCAUCAUGUGCGUCAAUCUGUCUACAGCAUCAUGUUAUUUUCUACCACCAGCAAACGGCAUCGCAUUGUAUCUUCAUUGUACCAAUAAACAAGUAGCCUUUUGAUGGACGCAACGAA